AUGUAUACUGAACCAGCCCUGGCCCGUUUCCCCGAGUAUGGCACUUAUACCGCUUUGCUCGCCGGUGCAACGUUCCUUGUGUUCGGCUUCGAUUCAGUUGCCUACCUCUCCUCAGUCCUGCUACGGUUAAAAUUGGAGGGAUCUGCAGAUCCAUUCAUCUUUUGCAUCCUCGUCGCCAAUGCACUCCCCGCGCUCACAUUCGGCUUUGUCGCCUACCACAUACCCUCCAAGUCCCUAGGCUGCCUUGUGGCCAUCGGCGCCUUUGUUCGUACCUAUUUCUUCCUCACGGUGUGGACUCUGGUGGUCUUGUUAAUAGCCCUUAUCGCUGUGGUCAUCUACAGUCGCUCUUUCAUUGGUCACUGGAUGCCUACCGCCGAAGACCUGGAGGUAUUUUAG